AUGUCAGAGGAUGAGGAUAAAAACCAAAGACUUCAAGAUUCGGGGUUAAUUGAAUGGUCUGUAUUUUCUGAGCUUGUGGCUAUGGAUGAAGAUGAAGAAGGUUUUUCCAAAUCGCUAUUUCAAACCUUUGUGGAACAAGUAAAGGAGACAUUUCAAGAAAUAGAUGCUAAUCUUGAAUCUAAAAACUUGGAAAAACUUUCAUCACUUGGGCAUUAUUUAAAAGGGUCUGCUGCAGCCUUGGGCUUAGAAUCUAUUUCGGCACAGUGUGAAAGAAUUCAAAAUUAUGGCAAGAAGAUUAACUGUGAUAAAUUUAAAUUAAAGGACGAGCCUGAUUUAAAGGAAGAAGACGACGACUUUUGGAUAAAGUUAAUCGAAGAUGCUUUAGAAAAGGCCAGAGACGAUUUUGAAAGGUCGAGGGAAGAAUUGAAUAUCUACUUUGAAGAAGAGAUAUGA